CCGGGCCGCGGGCGCCCUCGCGCCUCUGCGCACCCCGCGCCGGGCUCCGAGGGCAGCGGAGAGGACGACCGCGACGACGACGAGGACGGUGCCGACUACUACGAGAACCUGCCCGGCGGCUGCCAGCCCGCGCCCGCGCCGGAGCCCGCGCCCGAGGGGGCGGAGGCGGAGCGGCGGCCCCCGCCUCCCCCGUCGGCGGGCUCCACCCCGCGGGCGGAGGGCGGCCGCCUGGAGACGGGCAGGCUGCAGACCCAGUUGCGAGAGGCCUAUUAUCUGCUGAUCCAGGCCAUGCACGACCUGCCCCCUGACUCGGGCGCGCGGCGGGGCGGCCACGGCUGGGCGGAUCGCAGCUGCCCUGCGGGAGCCGGGGCGCGGGGCCAGCCGCCUUCCCCCUGCGGCGCUGCCCACCGCCCCGCCCGCCCUCGGGACUGGGAGCGGGGAGGCGGCGGCCGCCCUUGGCAGCAGGUGUCCCCGCCCCGGUCGCCUCCGGGGGAGUCGGGGGGAGGCCGCCUGCGGACUCCUCGGAUGCGACUGUCCUGCAGCAGAAGCCUCGAGAGCCUCCGGGUGGGCGCCCAGCCGCCUUCCUUCCAGCGGUGGCCGAGCGACAGCUGGAUCAGGUGCGGCGGGCGCGGGGACCGGGACGAGCCCCCGCCACGUGGAGGCGGGAUGCACGGCUGGAGCGGAGGCAGCGCCCGGGCCGCGGCGCCGUCUGGCCUCCCGCCUCCCAGCUCCUCGCAGCCCGGGCGCUCCUCGGGAAGCCCUUUCGGGGACCCUGCGGGGUCCUCGGGGCUGCGCAGCGGCGGAGGGGACGGCCAGGAGGGGCUGCCCUUCCUCAGGCCGCCCGCGGUGACAGUCAAGAAGCUGCAGAAGUGGAUGUACAAAGGGCGCCUGCUGUCCCUGGGAAUGAAGGGUCGCGCCCGUGGGACAGCCCCCAAAGUCACAGGAACGCAGGCAAGCUCUCCACACCUGGGCGCUUUGAAAAUGCGAGAAAGCCAUGUCCUCGCGGUGCCUCCAGACCAAAGAAUUACGCUGACAGAUUUAUUUGAAAAUAUGUAUGGGUCUACAAUGAAGAGACGAGAACUUGAAGAUCUCAAGGAUAAUAUUGGGUUCAGAGGUCAUAAGCCACUUAACAGCAUUACUGUGUCAAAGAAACGCAAUUGGCUAUAUCAGAGUACUCUGAGAUCUUUUAAUUUGGAAGAAGAAAAUAAGAAAUGCCAAGAUAUAAGUAAUUUAUCUGUCUCCCCCCUCUCUCUACCUAAACAUCAGCUAUCACGACCUUUCCUCAAAUCAUCUGAAGAAUAUUGUACAUAUGUGGUGUGUAAUGCUACAAAUUCUUCAUUAUCAGGAAACUGUUCUCUAGACUUUAAUGAGGAAAAUGAUGCAGAUGAUGAAGGAGAAAUAUGGUACAACCCCAUUCCUGAGGAUGAUGACUUUGGGAUAUCAAAUGCUUUGAGUUUGGGUGAGGCCAACUCUGCUGUUCUGAAGUUUCCUGCUGUCGGUUUGAGAGUAUUACCUGGUAGCAACCUAAUGAAAGUAGAGCAGCGUACUGAAGACUCGCUCUGCUCCUCUGAACACACAGGCGAUGUUCAGACCACACAGUCAAAUGGAACGAAUUCUGUAGAUUCCAUCCAUUCCACAGGGUUUGGGCAGCAGUACAAGCAAAGGCUUGGACACAAGACACAAGAAGGUAUAACGGUGGAGGACACUCCCUUGGUGAAAUCUCCAUUAGCAGGUCCUGGGAUCCUGCCUGCUACAAGUAAGACUGAUUUGGGAGUUAUAGAACCAUCUUCUCCAAGCCCUAGCCCUAUGAAAAAAGGCAGUUCAAUUAAUUGGUCUUUCCCAGAUAAAAUAAAAUCUCCACGAACUGUGAGGAAACUUUCCAUGAAAAUGAAAAGGUUGCCAGAACUUAGCCGAAAACUGAGCGUUAAGGGAACCUUGAAUUACGUACACGGUGCAGAUAGUGCCCCUUCCUUGUCUAAAUGUAACUGUCAAGGAAUUCAUCAUAGUGUGAUUCUCUCUUCUGGGAACACAACCACAGCUGCUAGGAGGAAUGUUAUCAGUCGAUAUCAUCUAGAUACCAGUGUAUCUUCUCAGCACAGCUACCAGAAGAAAACCUCUGUGACUUCUAAGUAUUCCUGCAAAGGAGGUUACCUCAGUGAUGGAGAUUCACCUGAGCUUAUAACUAAAUCUAGCAAACAUGGAUCUGAAAACAAAUUUGGAAAAGGAAAAGAAAUAAUUCCAAACAUCUAUAGCAAGAAUGAAAUAGACAUUGAUGCUUUUAGACAUUAUAGCUUUUCUGAUCAACCUAAGUGUUCACAGUAUAUUUCUGGGCUCAUGAGUGUGCAUUUCUAUGGUGCUGAGGAUUUAAAACCACCUCGGAUAGAUUCGAAAGAUGUCUUUUGUGCAAUUCAGGUGGAUUCAGUAAACAAAGCAAGAACAGCUUUGCUCACGUGUCGGACAACGUUUUUAGACAUGGAUCACACUUUCAACAUAGAAAUUGAAAAUGCGCAGCAUUUGAAAUUAGUAGUAUUCAGUUGGGAACCCACUCCAAGAAAAAAUCGAGUGUGUUGUCACGGGACUGUUGUUCUCCCCACCUUAUUCAGAGUGACAAAGACACAUCAGUUGGCUGUCAAACUUGAACCGAGAGGUCUUAUUUAUGUGAAAGUAACUCUUUUGGAACAGUGGGAGAAUUCUCUUCAUGGACUAGAUAUAAAUCGAGAGCCAGAAAUAUUUGGUGUUGAUAUUCGAAAAGUUGUAGAGAAAGAGAAUACAGGAUUGAUGGUGCCACUCCUGAUACAGAAAUGUGUUAUGGAAAUUGAAAAAAGAGGCUGUCAGGUAGUAGGCCUUUACCGAUUAUGUGGUUCGGCAGCAGUCAAGAAAGAACUUCGAGAGGCUUUUGAGAAGGAUAGUAAAGCUGUUGAGCUCUGUGAAAACCAGUACCCAGAUAUAAAUGUAAUAACAGGUGUUCUUAAGGAUUAUUUAAGAGAACUUCCUUCUCCUCUGAUAACAAAGCAGCUUUAUGAGGCUGUAUUAGAUGCAAUGGCAAAAAAUCCUUUGAAAAUGUCAUCAAGUGGUUGUGAGAAUGACCUCAGUGACUCUAAGUACACUGUUGACCUGCUGGAUCGUCUGCCUGAUGUUGAGAAGGCGAGUCUAACGAUGUUGUUGGAUCACUUGAAAUUGGUGGCUUCUUAUUAUGAAGUGAAUAAGAUGACCUGUCAGAAUCUGGCCGUGUGCUUUGGACCAGUAUUAUUGAGUCAGAGGCAAGAGACUUCCACCCAUAACAACAGAGUCUUUACUGAUUCAGAAGAACUUGCAAGUGCUUUGGAUUUUAAAAAACAUAUUGAAGUUCUUCAUUACUUACUUCAACUCUGGCCAGUGCAGCGUUUAACUGUUAAAGAAUCAACAGACAAUUUGUUCCCAGAGCAGAAGUCUUCUCUAAAUUAUAUGAGGCAGAAGAAAGAACGACCUUACCUGUUAAAUUUGAGUGGUACUGAGUCAUCAAGAGUACUUAGGCCCAGGCAAACCAGAUUAGACAGUCCUCUUAGCAAUCGCUAUGCAGGGGACUGGAGCAGCUGUGGAGAGAACUACUUUUUAAAUACGAAAGAACAUUUAAAUGAUGUGGAUUAUGAUGAUGUCCCUUCUGAAGAUGGAGAAAAUUGUAGCAAAAUGUAUGGACCAGGUAUAGUGAUUGAACAGCCAAGUCCCGUGUCCAAGGAGUGCACAUUGCAGACAUAUUUGACAAUGCAGACAGUUGAGUCUACAGCAGAUCGAAAAGCCAAUCUCAAAGAUCUACAAGAAAGUAUUGACACUUUGAUUGGAAAUCUGGAGCGUGAGCUCAACAAAAACAAGCUUAAUAUGAGUGUGUGAGAUUGAGAGUUUUUAUUUGGUUUUUCAUAAUACUUUAACCUGUCAAAUCAAUCUUUCUCACUUUCUUAUACCUCUCACAGUGACGUUUUUCUUAUUUUACUCUUGAAACCUUCAAUUAGUUUCUAAGUUCAUGUGAUUCAAUUAAAAACUAUUCAUUAUUAGAAUUUUUACUUAUCUCAUUAGAAAAUUUUUCUUGGGGUAAAGAUAACAUGGACUUCUUGUGGGUAUUUUAAUGAAUCUUGCCAAUUUUUUGGAGAUAACUUUUAAAUGCACUUGUAAGGUUCAGAGAAGUUAUUAGCCCCUUAAGAUUUCUGUACUUUCUAGGAACUGCUCUUCUGUAGCUGAAAUAGAUGUUCCCUUUAGGGGAAUGCUGCAGCUGCGCAGUCUGAUUUGCGGUAUGAGUCCAUGUGCACUGCAACAUCAUUGAUCAGAUUUCAUUUGCAAUGCAAAUGCUGCUAUAAGAAAACCUUCCUAUAAAUAAAAGUAAAAUUAUACAAAUAUUAAUGUAUUAACAUCCAGUAAUUAUUUAAAUGCUUAUAAAAUUAAAUAUUUUUAUAAUCCUGAAAAUAUGUAUAUAUUUAUAAGUGCCUAUAUGUAAAGGUAUUAGAAUGGGGAGAGGGAUUUGCUGCAGAAUCACAUGUAUCUUUAAAGUAUCUAUGUCAUGAGGCCAAAAUUAUUAGCUUAAAAUAUCUUUUUCAGGGAAGGAACUUUUAAGUUAAAGGAGGAGCUGUACAGAAACACUUGAACCAAAACACUAGAAGCAUCUGAAUAGAAAUAAUAGACUUUCUUUUUUUGAUUCACUGAAAGUCACAAUAUCCCCAGUGAGAAGUCAUCUUUUAAAUUGAAAUCCUCUAACUUCUUAAGGGAUUAAGUGCCCAGAUUUCUGCACUAGGGACUUAGAUUAAAAUAAUCUUUACCUAUUCUAUGCAUUUUUAUGUUCUGCUUUAUGAAACAAAGUAAUUAUACUUAAAAUGUAUUUAUUUGUAGUAGUGCAUUUAUAACAAUGACUUUAUAAUUACCCUCAUUUGUUUCUAAAGAAAUCUUGCCAGCAUACUACAUGUUAUUGAUUUUUAAAAGAUAACUUAUUUUGGCUAAGUAUAUCUACAAAGUAGUCAUUAUAGUAAUCACCGCAGUGUUUGGAAAUGUAAACUGAGAAGUCUUUUUUAUUAAAUUGGAAUGUAUUUUUUUAACUUUUAUACCCACAGAAUGUGUAAUUUUUUUAAAUUAUAAAUAAAAUUUGAAUUACCAACUUAAAGACGUAGCAGCCAUUAAAAAAACUGACUUCUUGAUGUUUUCCUACACAUUGAAGUAUUUAACUAUUUCUAUGCAAUAUAGGUUGGUAAAUGGAACACCUCGUUAUUUAAUUUGAAAACUCAAUUGUUAAAAAAACAGAUAAAGAACUACUUUUAUAUGAAAUUUUCAUUUUUUAAAGCUUUGUAUAGCAAUUCAGAAGAAUACCAAAAGAGUAUGUGACAGGUAUGUAUGUUGAGUAAACAGUCAAAAGAAAUGUACUUCAGGUGUUUUGUGGGAGGACUGUCUCGGUCUUCUUCCCUUUGUUUGCUUUAUCAUGUCUGUUGGAUGAACUGAAUACGAUGUUCCAGCAAUGUGAACGUUUUAUUAAAAUAUUAUAAGCUUGG